AAAUUUAUAGUCAAAUAUAACAAAAAUCAGCAUAACAAAACGCGUGAUCCACAUAUAUAUACAUUUAAUACAACGGACAUAGACAAAAUUAAACAUUUUUUGGAUUGACAUCGAAAAUCACUUAUUUGCCAGUCAUAUUCCAAAUUGUCGCCAUGACUUAGCUGCACCUGUAUUCACGCAAAUACUGAAAGCUUAAUGAACUCAUUUAAGUGGGAGGUCUUCCGCAUGUACUCCCAAUAAUUUGAAAGCCAAGGUGUGGAAUGGACUCAAAGUAUUUUAUAUCUGGAAAAAGUACUAUCACAGUACCCUCCAAACGAAAAAUAAAGUUGAAUGAUUUGACGGACCAAAAAUGUCUUUAUUUGCAAACAAAACAACUAUCGGGAUGUUCUAUUGAAGAGGAACGAAAAAAAUUGCCAGUUUUUAAUUGUCGUGACAGAAUUUUGAAGGAAUUAGAAACGAACGACACAUUAUUAAUAAUGGGUGAGACAGGCUCGGGAAAGACAACACAGAUCCCACAAUUUCUACUUUAUUCAGCCCAUGCGCGUAACGGUGUUAUUGCAGUCACGCAACCUAGGCGAGUUGCCGCUAUUACAAUUGCUAAGCGGGUUGCACAAGAGUUGUCAACCACUGUUGGUGACAUCGUCGGUUACACCGUACGAUUCGAAGAUAUGACAUCACAUAAAACUCGAAUCAGAUUUUUGACAGAUGGCGUUUUAUUACGUGAAGCUAUAUGUGAUCGACUUCUACGGAAAUAUUCUAUAAUUAUGUUAGACGAAGCUCAUGAGCGCACUGUGAAUACUGAUGUUCUUCUUGGAAUAGUUAAAGAAGCUCAACACAAAAGAUGUAUUCAAAAACUACCUGGAUUAAAACUUAUAAUUACCUCAGCAACAAUGGAUAUAGAUCAUUUUGGAAAAUACUUAAAUGUGCGUGGAAUGUAUUUAGAAGGUCGAACUCAUUCAGUUCGUGUGCUGAACACAAAAGAGCAUCAAGCAGACUAUAUGCAUGCAGUACUAGUUACCGUUUUUGAAGUUCAUCGUACUACUCCAAUCAAUCAUGACAUUUUAAUAUUCUUAACUGGAAAAGAAGAAAUUGAGGUAUUGGCACAACAAAUACGUCAACUGGCAAAGAUAAAUAGUGUUGGAUCUUCUGAUGUUCGUGUAUUUACGUUGUAUUCUCAGUUGGCUCAAGGAAAACAACUGGAAUGUUUUUUGCCAGUUCCUCUAAAUACUCGGAAAAUUGUAAUAGCUACAAAUAUUGCGGAAACAUCAAUUACCAUUCCUGGAAUACGUUGCGUCAUUGACUGUGGGUUUGUUAAAGAAAAGUCAUACAGCCCUACUUCCGGUCUAGAUAUUUUGCAAACUGUUCGUAUAUCAAAAGCACAAGCCUGGCAAAGAAGUGGUCGUGCAGGUCGAGAUGCUCCGGGGACCUGUUAUCGUACAUAUACUAAGGAAGAAAUGUUAUCAUUCGAAAAUUCAGCUGAACCAGAAAUUCUAAGAGCUAAUCUGACCUCUACAACUCUACAACUCUUAGCGUUGGGAAUCAACAUACAAGACUUUAACUUAUUAGAUUCACCAAAUGUGAAAUGUAUUAGUAAUGCUUAUACCACAUUAGAAAACCUUGGUGCUAUUAAAAGUGCGAAAUUGCCCAAUAUCACAAGUUUGGGUCGAUUAAUGUCUCAGUUUCCACUAGACCCAAAGUACUCUAAGUUGUUGUUAUCAGCGCCAACUUUUGGCUGCAUGGAGGAAAUGCUGAGCUUGGUUGCCGUUCUAUCAACCGAAAAUAUAUAUGUGAAUCCCCCAGACAAAAUGGAAUUAGCCACAUUGGCGCAUGCGAAAUUUAAAUCAAAAUAUGGCGAUCAUCUUACUCUUCUAAACAUCUAUAAGUGUUUUGAAAAAACAGAAAAAACAAAGCUGUGGUGUCACGAUAAUUUUUUAAAUAUACGAAAUCUUAUAUAUGCACGUAAUGUGCGUUGCCAACUAUUAGAAAUUAGCACAAAAUUGGGACUCUCUUUUAACAGCUGUGGGGAAAACUUGGAUUCUGUGAGAAAGUGCCUUAUAACUGGUUUAUUUGGCAAUAUUGCCGUACUUCAAAAAGACGGUGAAUAUCUUACAAUUACUGGUCGCCAUAGAGCAAAAAUUCACCCAUCUAGUGUUUUACAUGGAUCUUAUAAGCCAAAAUGUGUCAUAUUUGCAGAAAUGGUACUUACUGGUCGUAACUUUCUACGCCAAGUCGUUGAAAUAAAUUCUGAAUGGGUAGAGGAUGUUGUACCUUUUAUUAAAGAUCUAAGCUACAUAAAUAUUGAAAAAUAAAAAAUUAAAAUGAAAAUGGUAAA